AUGGCUUCUACACAGGCCGAGCCCUCGGCGAAGCCUAUGAGCGAGAAGCAACGACUGAAGCUUGAGAAAUUCGCCAAGAAGAAAGAGAAGCAAGAACAGGAAGCGCUACUGAAACCGCAACAAGCCGUCGGCUCAUCCCGGGAGAAGAAAUCCAAGGAGCAGAAUGCUCCCGCGGUCGAGUUGAAAGAUUGGGUCGAGGAGACACCGGCUGGACAUCGAAAGAUAUUGAAGUCAUUGGAUGACGACUUCCACAAAGCUUACUUACCCAAGGUUGUGGAAUCUGCCUGGUAUAGCUACUGGGAGAAGCAGGGAAUGUUCAAGCCACGAACAGAGGAGGAUGGCAGUCUCAAGCCGAAAGGCAAAUAUGUCAUUGCUAUCCCGCCACCCAAUGUGACUGGCAAAUUACAUAUCGGACACGCUCUAGCACUCUCGUUGGAAGACACCCUGAUCAGGUGGCAUCGUAUGCGACAGUUCUCAACGCUCUACAUCCCUGGCUGCGAUCAUGCAGGCAUUGCUACCCAGGCUGUUGUCGAGAAGCAGCUCGCCAAAACCCCGAAAAAUGGCAAGUCUAAACGGCAAGAUUUUACUCGGGCUGAAUUCGUACAACUAUGCCAGGACUGGAAAGAGGAUUACCAUGAAGCAAUCAACAAUACGGUACGCAAACUCGGCGUCUCUGUAGACUGGUCGCGGGAAGCCUUCACUAUGAGUCCGGAGUUGUCCAAAGCGGUCACUGAGACCUUCAUCCAACUACACUCAGAAGGUCUCAUCUACCGAGCCAACAGGCUUGUGCAUUGGUCGUGUCGUCUCUCCACUGCUUUAUCCUCACUUGAAGUCAACCAGAAAGAGCUCGAGGGGACGACAAAGUUGGACGUGCCGGGCUAUGAUAGAAAGAUUGAAUUUGGAACUCUCACGUAUUUCAAAUACCAAAUCGAGGGCUCUGAUAAGACAAUUGAAGUUGCAACCACACGACCAGAGACGAUGCUGGGCGAUACUGGCAUUGCGGUCCAUCCUCAGGACGAUCGAUACAAGGAUUUUGUCGGCAAGACUGCGCAACAUCCGAUCAUCCCUGGUAGAAAGUUGAGGAUCGUCGCCGACGAAUAUGUUGACAAAGAGUUUGGUACUGGCGCAGUUAAGCUAACUCCUGCUCAUGAUCAUAAUGAUUUUAACCUGGGCAAGAAACAUGGCCUGCCAUUCAUCAACAUUCUCAACGAGGACGGCACUUUCAAUAGCAACGCGGGUCCUUAUGCCGGAGAGAAGAGGUUCAAUGCAAGAUACGGUGUCAUCGAAGAACUUAAGAAACUCGGUCUCUAUACGAGACAAGAGUCGAACAAGAUGGUUGUUCCCAUAUGUAGCCGAUCAGGGGAUAUUGUGGAGCCGCUUCUAAAACCCCAAUGGUGGAUGAGAAUGGAGUCUUUGACGAAACCUGCCAUAGAUGUUGUUGAAAGUGGCGAGCUCGUCAUUCGACCAGAGGUACAGAAGCGACAAUACUUGCAAUGGAUGCGGAAUCUCCAGGACUGGUGCCUGUCGAGACAACUGUGGUGGGGCCAUCAGAUACCAGCGUAUUUCGUCAGCAUUGUGGGUGAAAACAGUGGAGAUGAUGCUGAUGACAACUACUGGGUAUGUGGCAGAACAGAAAGUGAGGCUCGGGAAAAGGCAGAACAAAAAUUCCCGGGCAAGAAAGUGACACUCAAGCGAGACAAGGACGUCUUGGAUACCUGGUUCAGCUCUGGACUUUGGCCGUUCAGUACCCUCGGGUGGCCAGACAAAACGGCAGAUCUCGAAAAGUACUUUCCUACCACGACCCUGGAGACAGGCUGGGAUAUUAUACCAUUCUGGGUCAGCCGUAUGAUCAUGUUCUCUCUCAAAUUGACUGGAAAGGUACCCUUUACGGAGGUCUUUUGCCACGGGUUGAUUCGCGAUAGCGAGGGCCGGAAAAUGUCGAAAUCACUGGGCAAUGUUAUUGACCCGAUCGACAUUAUUGACGGGAUCAGCCUCGAUGGUCUGCAUCAAAAGCUGCUGCAAGGCAACCUAGUCCAAAGCGAGGUCAAGACUGCCGAAAAGUACCAGAAGAAGAAUUUCCCCCAAGGCAUUCCUGAGAUCGGGGCCGACGCCUUGCGGUUCUCGCUCAUAAAUUACACUCAGUCCUCUGGCAGUGACAUCAACUUCGAUAUAAAGACUAUGCACGGCUACCGAAAAUUCUGCAACAAGAUUUAUCAGGCUACGAAGUAUGUCCUUAGCAAGCUUGGUGAUGAUUUUGUUCCUCGCGAGUGUAGUGCUUUGACAGGAAAGGAGAGUCUGCCAGAGAGAUGGAUCUUGAUGAAGAUGAAUGCGGCCAUGAAAGAGAUAAACCAGGCACUCGAGGAGCGUGAAUUCGCAAAGUCAACCCAGAUCAGCUACCGGUACUUGUACGAUGAGCUGUUUGAUGUCUACAUCGAGAACUCAAAGUCAAUCAUCUCAGAUGGCACUCCCGAAGAAGCUCGUUCUGCCAAGGACACGCUCUAUACCGCAAUCGAAUCUGGUUUGCGAAUGGUGGCUCCGUUCAUGCCCUUCUUGACCGAAGAGCUUUGGCAACGGCUUCCACGCCGACCGGGCGACAACACGUCCUCGAUCACAACCGCCAAUUAUCCAGAAUAUGAAUCGUCCUUCCAUGACCCGAGAUCUGAGGUGGCCUAUGAGCUUAUACUGGGCUGCUCGAAAGGCAUUCGUUCCCUCUUAUCUGACUAUGCUGUUAAGGAUAAAGGCCUGGCUUACAUCUCGCCCCUUAACCAAUUGUCACAUGACGUUAUAUCAGUGCAGCUCUCCACAAUCCAGUCCCUUAGUGGCAAGAUACCAGUGGAUAUCAAUAUCCUCAAUGUUGGAGAAAUCAGCCCUACUGGCUGUGCCGUUUUCCCUGUUUCCGCUGAUGCGAAUGUCUUUCUUGAAGUCAAGGACCGCAUACAAGAUGCUAGAAAAGAGGCUGAAAAGUUCAAAGCGAAGUUGACUGAGGCGAGAAGGGACCAAGAAGAUAUUGACUCGAUCACAGCAGAGCUGAGCAAGGUACAGGACAAGGUUGUGGCUGAGGCUAUGCAAUCAGCCGAGCGCCGGAAGCGGGAUGUCGGCGCCACCUUGCGGGCAUUGGAAGAGACCGUCACGAUGUUUGAGAAGAUGAUAAUCUAG